GUGCAGGGCCUGGAGAUCGAGGGCAGGGACUGCGGUGAGGCCGCGGCCCAGUGGAUAACAAACUUCCUGAAGACGCAGCCGUACCGCCUGGUGCACUUUGAACCUCACAUGCAACCGAGAAAUUCUCACCAGACCGAAGACCUGUUUCGACCCACAGACCAGAUCCCGUACUCAGACGCCAGCCCCUUCUUGAUCCUUUCUGAGGCAUCGUUGGCAGAUCUCAACUCCAGGCUAGAGAAGAAAGUUAAGGCAACUAACUUCCGGCCCAAUAUCAUAAUUUCAGGGUGUGGUGUCUAUGCAGAGGACUCAUGGAAUGAGCUUCUUAUUGGUGAUGUGGAACUGAAAAGGGUGAUGGCUUGUUCCAGGUGCAUUUUAACCACGGUGGACCCGGACACGGGCGUCAUGAGCAGGAAGGAGCCUCUGGAGACCCUGAAGAGUUAUCGCCUGUGUGACCCUUCUGAACGAAAGUUAUAUGGAAAAUCACCUCUCUUCGGACAGUAUUUUGUUCUGGAAAACCCAGGAACCAUCCAAGUGGGAGACCCCGUGUACCUGCUCGGCCAGGAAUAGGAAUCAUACGUCCUGGAAUAGCAGGUGUCUUUAAAAAAUGUCCUCAAAAAAUGCCAACACUUGAAGCACAGUAUUUUGGACCUGACACCUCGGCAUUUUCUUUAGAUCUGUGAUCUCCAAGUCUUUCGUCUUUUGGACUCUUCCUUGUGUCUCAGCGCUUCCAGCAUCCCAGUGCACAAAGUGAAGAAAGAGAGUUUUGAUAACUUAAUAGGACUUCAGUAAGUCACUUAAAUGACAAGGUAGGAUUCUAAAAAUCGCUUGUUUAACUGUGAUUGUGGAAUAAUUCUUUCUCCUUCUUCUCCAUUCACCUACCCAGAGGGCUAACUUCCAUCAUCUCAUUGCUACUCUUUAGGGAAAGAGGAGACAAGAGAAAGAGUAAGAGUGGGGGAGUGAGAAGCAUGUUCUGGAAUCUUUUAGUACCCCAUGCCCGGGGCAUGCAAUGGAAAUUAAAUAGCUCUCCGAAUAAGGAUGGACUGUCACUUCACUUUUCUCCUCAAUCCCUAGACAAGCUUUUAAAAGGGCAUAAGGAGCCUGACCUUCAGGAAACACUUAGGAUGUUCAUUUUCCAUAGAUCAUCUUGGAUCUGGCACUAUUGUCUCUCAGACAGUGUCCAUGAGGAUUUGAUGGAUCUUCAUAGCAUGCAGUACCUCUGGGCUGUAGGACAGCAGAGAUGUCAGGGUAGAAAAUCAACUCAUGAGAGCAGUGUUGCAGUCAGACUCUGAUAUGUAAUACGUGGAAAGCAAGACAAAAACUUCCUUGCCUUGGGCUUCCCUGGUGGCGCAGUGGUUGAGAGUCCGCCUGCCGAUGCAGCGGACGCGGGUUCGUGCCCCGGUCCGGGAAGAUCCCACGUGCCGCGGAGCGGCUGGGCCCGUGAGCCAUGGCCGCUGGGCCUGCGCGUCCGGAGCCUGUGCUCCGCAGCGGGAGAGGCCGCAGCAGUGAGAGGCCCGCGUACCGCAAAAACAAACAAACAAAACUUCCUUGCCUUGAAACGGAGUAUCAAAUAUAUCCCAUUGGUGAGCCCAGACUUUUCCCAGUAUAUGAGAGUGAACAGUACCACUGAGUAGGGGAAGCACCCUUGCCUGAUGUGGUCUGAGAUGCUGUUUGAUGUUGCCCGGGGAAACGAUGGUGCCCGUCUUAAGAGCAAAAAGAAAUAGUCUGAAAAGGACAUGAUGCCACCUAGUGGCAUUGAAUGACAGCUCAGCCUUUCUCGGCUUUUCAGCUGUUGAAAAGAGGGAAACUUGUGGAUGGGUUUUAGUUUUCUAUCCUAGAAAAUUUUUUUGAAAGAAAGUGGGGUACUCUCUGCUUCUCUGCUGUGGGCAUUUGGUUCUAAAAGCGUGGCCGUGCUGUCACGGGGUCCUUCUGGAUCUCGCUGGUCCCAUCAACUCAAGACUGGUUGCUCCUCCGCAAAAUCAGGGUGAAAAAGUUCUGAAGUCCAUGGAUGAGAAGAAGCGUGAUUGUGUGAUUUGAAAUAAAUGACUUUAUUUUAGGUUUUGAAUAAAACCUUUCAAAGGCGAAAAGGAAAACAUGUGCCAAUUCACUUAAAAACCAAUAUCUGAUUUUUCUCCUGAUCAGAUUAUAUAACUCUAAGAUCUGAUGAAGUAUAUCUUUCGUUGCCAUUUUGCCCUUUGACUGUAUUAGGGAGCUAAGUCAUGACAAAUGUGUUUCAAAACUGUAUAUAAAUGGAAACUACUUUGACUAGUUUCAGAUCGUACUCACUUCUUGGCAGGAAGUCAGACUUUGAAAGCUGACCGAUAUGAAUGGGCCAAACCAAUCACCCUGUCACCUGACACACACACACACACAGCAUCCUCCGGCGAACGCCCGUCUUUGAAGGGCCGUCAAGUAAACAUGCUUUUUACCAAAAGCUAUGCGUGUUUCCCUUUGGUUUUAUAAAAGAGGUUAGUAAUCAUUGGAACCAAGCCCAGCUCUGAGGUAAAGUUACAAGGUAACAGGUGUACAUAUGUAUUCUGGUUGGUGAGUUAUUGCAAUUUGCUUUUCACACACUCGGCGUGAAGUGCAAUGAGAAUAAUUAAUCAGUUAACCUUGGCCCAUCACCUUCCCCAAUAGAUCCACUUUCUACUGAAACUACAGACAGAUUAAGAGUUCAGCAAAAAUAAGAGUUCAGCAAGUGGCAUUACUAAUGGGAACCUCUGAACCCAUGGCAGAAUGCACACAGGAUUUAGGAAACCACGUGAACGUCGGGUCUCUGAGAGCAGCCAACGGUUAGGCACUGAUGAGAAACUCAAGGUUGGUUUGGUGGAUAUCCCGAGAUAUUUAUAACCAGUGGCAAGCUGAAUGCCUUCGACCUGAACUUCUAACCCCUUGUCAAUAGUAACAGCCACUUCCCCAGGGACUCAAUCUGUUUCAAAGGCCACACUCACGCAAACCCUGUCCUUCUGUGCACUGCAGGGGAGCCCUCCAGUGGAAGGGGGCUCUAACCCUAACACCUCCCUCAUUUGUCUGGAGUCUUCUUCUGCUACUCCGAGUGUGAGGAAGAUUCCAGUUUAAAGACAGAGCUUCCAAUGACCUCUAGAAUCUCAGAGUAGUUGCCAAGCUUUCUGUCAGUGAGAUUUAAAAGCCAUUUACUUGUGUUUAUUUUAUAUUUAAUGAGUUGGUUAAUGCCAAAGGCAGGGCUGAUGUCUGGUUUAUUUUGGAUACUGAACCUCUGCACACAAUUCCACUUGAAAUAUCAGGUCAGGAAUAUAGACCAUCGCAGACCCUCAGAAAGGUCUCCUUAUAGCUGCAGAUGAUGGACAUUCAGGGUCAGGCCAAAACAUCCACCGUCGUUGUGUGUUUCAUUCCGGGUGGCAACGUCUCGCUGCAGUCACAGCAGAGAGUUACAGACCCACAGCUGGAGAUCUUGCAAAGAACCACGUGGGAAAGAGCCGAGGCAGACUGCUUAAAGGCUGACUUUCCCAGCUGUUCCCCAGAAAAAGUGAGAACGUUACAAAUGGGAGAGAGAAGCAGCAACUUACACACAAGGGCAGGAAGAAAUCGGGGUGAGCCUGAUGGAAAUUAGGCAGCUGUCCAGCAGUGAGAAACACUCCUCAUCUCCUUCUGCCCUUAGUGAUACGGGGUGAGGAGAUGCCCUUGUGGGAGGGCUGCCAGUUUGCUAGAACUGUGUGCAGAGGCCAGGCGAGCUUGACUAGCCAAGCGUGACUUUGAGAAGCCACCUAUGAGGCUGUCACCAACAGUGACCGCAGGCAGGUGCCCCCAGAACUCUGGGAGUGUGACAAAUGCAAGCAAUCCGUGGUGGCCGAGAGCAGAUAUUUUAGCGUCACUCAAAGAUGCCUGUUACCUGUUGGUAACACUGUACUUCCCUAAGUUUUACUGGUCCAGGGUGUUCUGAAAGUUUGCCUGCAAGGAUGCUCCUAAAAAGAGAAUUCCGUGGACCAAUACCUUUGGGAAGUCCUGCAUGCCUCACUCCUCUUCCAAAGGCCCAGCAGCCUAUAGAAGGCUCUAGACUGACCUGCAGUGAAGAAUUCUAUUGGUGUUUAACACUGCCCUCCCGAAAGGUCUAUUUCUGGUCAUCUUUUGGGAAGCCCUGCAUUGAUCUCUAGAGGGAGCAGCAGCCAGGGGUGAGUGGUCGUGCUUAGCGGGAGAGGUGUGUUCGUGGGAAGGGUGAAGAAGAUAAAGGGCUCCUGCCACGUGGGGGAGGCCUCUCUGGUGGUUCUCUGUCCUGCUCCUUUACCUUCUUUGAGCAUUUGUCUCCCUCAUAAGCCCACAGCCCCUGAUUCUUCCUCUUCAUCCUCCCCUCUAGCUCCUCUACUAGUCCCUGACCUGUAUCUUCAAGGGUUCAGACUCCAUCCAGUCUUUGUGGAGCUCGGUGGGAUCUAAGUCAAGUCCAAGUUCAACGUGUCCCUUUGGCGUUUGCUGGGAGUACUCUACAUAAAGUAUUGUCGUCGUAAUUAUUUCUGAUUAAUAUUUUUACACCUAAUAAAGCCUCAAAGGGAGGGCGUUUACUUGGUCUAGGGGAGGGGCACCUUCCAGAUGACUUGCCAGCAAUUAAAGCAGCUUGUUAGUCGGAGGCCCAGGACGGCCGAGGACAGCUGGAGAGCUCUUCUUUGCAAGCAGCUCUGGUUAACAUCAACCAGGAAAGCUCUUUGUAAACAAAUGAAUAAUUGAUCGUCCCGCGCUCACAUAGCUACUGAGGAUCUGAGCCCGUAUGACUCAUUUGAGAGCCAUCCCUGUCGUCUGGAUGCCAUAACAUUGGAGGAAUGAUGAUCGUUUCUUGGAGAUUCUUCUGUGGCCAGAGUUGCCAAGACCAAGGCUGUAAUGGUUUGUUAUGAUGACCUUUGUUAUUCCAUUAGGCUCAAUUGCUUUAAAAAAUGAUGUGUGCAUACUUUCGGAACGUUUUUACCCUUUACGUUGACCUGACAUCAUAGUUUAUAUUACAGAAUGUAUUAAUGACAGAGGAGUGUUUUCAUGUCCCAAGGACAAAUUUUAACAACCAUAAUCUGCCCUUAGUCAUCAUAAAUAUAAAUGUAUUGGUCAAACAGAUCUCGUUAAUGUGGCCAAGAUAAAUGCAAGCCUAUAUUUUAAGGCGGCUGAAGUCCUAGAGAAUAUAUUUGGAGCUUUUUGUGGGGCUAAGAGAUCUUGUAUAGUGCUAUCAGAAGGCUGAGAAAAUUAACAUGUUUCCCCCUCUAGUUUGGCGUUGGACAGAUAUUAACGUCUUGGGGAUGUCAAGGAAGAUUGCUCACAUAGUUUCUGGACACCAUUAAUGCCUGGUGGGGUGAAUCUUAGUUCUUAAAGCUGUAUUCUCAUUAUGCUCCCAGGGCUUUUGAAAAGAAAGAAAAUACAGAUUUCAAGUCUCAACCAUGUGUUGCUCAACUGUAUUUCCCUGUAUCACACUGUGUCUUAAAAGUUUUAAUUAUAUUAAUCCUCCUGCCCCAACAUCGUGUUUCCUGUGGGAGGAGGCCCUUUUCCACAGAUGUGUGUCUGACGUUUUGCAUAUUCCAGUUGGCAAUCCAUAUGCUGGCAGAUGAUGUUCUGGGCGUGAGCUGUAGGACGGGUCAAAUACUUUUCCUCUUCGUUACACUACGUUCAGAAGUGUGGGCCUUUAUUGGCAGUAUCCACGUUUCAAACUAAUCAGGCAGAAAAUAAAUGCUUGUUUUAAGAAACACUUUUUAAUCACGUUUUUAUUUUGAACCAUGAAAAUGUGUUUCAGGCAGUAAUGUCUCACAUGCUACUCUCUGAGCGAGCAGACUGUUUAUAGGGGUGAGUUCAUCUCCCCCAGAUUCGGUAAACAUGGUACCAUCAUUAAACUCCAUGUGGAUUACAGUCACCUAGCAAUGAUUGAUGAGCACUUCAGAUAAAACCAUUUACCCUUCUUCCCUUAGAGGAAUCUUCUAAGAAGGAUCUUCCCUUCUCAAUCUGCUAUAGCCUUUGGCAAAAGCACAUAUUGGGCUUUGGAAAUGUGACUUUUUGCCUGAAACUUUUCUACAGGGGAUUGGAUUAUUUUCUAAAUUUAUUGGUGUGAGGACAGUGCCAUGAUAAUCUCCUGUGUGGUCUAAACUUUUUGGUCUUUUUAAAACGUGAGGCACUUACCCCCAUGUUCAUAGCAGCACUAUUUCCAAUAGCCAAAAGGACAACCUAAGUGUCCAUUGACAGACAAAUGGGUAAACAAAUGUGCUAUAUCUGUACAAUGGAAUGUUAUUCAGCCUGAAAUUGGAAAAAAAGUCUGACACAUGCUGCAGCAUGGAUGAACCUUAAGGACAUUAUGCUAAGUGAAAUCAGCUAGUCACAAAAGGACAAAUACCGUAUGAUUCUACGCAUACGAGGUAUCUAGUGUAGUCAAAUUCAUAGAAACAGAAAGAAGAAUUGUGGUUGCCAGGGGCUGGGGGAGAUGGGAUGGUAGUUAUUGUUUAAUGGGUGCAGGGUUUCAGUUUUGCAAGAUGACAAGAGUUCUGGAGAUGGAUGGUGGUGAUGGCUGCACAACAAUGUGAAAAUACUUAACACUACUGAACUGUACACUUAAAAAUGGUUAAGAGGGUAAAUUUUAAGUUGUGCGUAUUUUACCACAAUUUUAAAAUAAUAAUAAAAAAGAAAAAAAAGUGAGGCACAUGAAAGGCUUGGAGCUGAAUUAAUCCAAGCUCUAAGACCCCUUCCUGGAAAGCCAGCCCAGACUAUAGCUGCUGACAGCACCUCAACCCCACCCAGAACAUCAAGAACUCUUCUUGCUGAGGCUAAAGAGAAUAAGAAAUUGAAAUGGAAUGUCUUUGAACUUGAUCUUGAUUGAGAGUGAGAUAAUUUAACUUCAGGCUUUCAUUUCUUCUUUUCACUUCUUUGGAUCUUGUAAGGGGAUUAAAUUUUGGAUCUGGGACUCCCUGAUAAUUUGAUACUGAGAAGGUUAAGUUCAAGUGUCGAACAUCAUUUUGUUGGCAUUUCAUUUUGGGGGUGCUUUUAUGAUAUCAUAAAUUAUGAUAUCAUGAUUUUACUGCCUAACCUCUGAUAGGCUAUGUUGGUCAAUGUAGCUUGAAAUAAUUUGAGAUGGAAAAUUGAAGAGAAACUACCUUUUUCUUCUUGACUAUAGAAAGGCCUUGAAAAACAUAAUGUAUUUCACUGACCCAACUCAGAAACUUAUAGGAGAAAAAUCCACACUGCCUGCCCAGGAAGAUCUACAGUGGAGCAGUGGCUGGUUUGGGGGUGGAGGUUGAUUGCCUCUCUGAAGAUGUGGUACCCCUUCUGGUUGACCAUAGGCAAAAUGAUUGGGCACCAUGGGUUCAAAGUACCAAAAGUUGUGUAAUUUGGGGGCAGAGAUUGUAACUUCCCUCAGGCUGCUUGAGUAUUAUAAUCGCACGUAUCCCCAAUGCAUCCAGCGAAGGGGCAUUAGUUAGCCUGGGCCCUUUCCUACUUCCUCUCAUUCUCCUUCUCAGGAGAGAAAUGCUUGGUAAACUUGGGAGUAGCCGUUGACUUCUGCCACCCCUCCCCCCUCUUCCUUCCUGGGAUCUGCCUGCCUUCAAGCUGCUGGAACUCAAGUCUCCUUGGUUCGAGUGGUGAGCUUGGCAGAAAAACCCUGCCCUAGUCGGGAGAGACCCGUAACUGUCCAGUGCUGUCUGGGUCUUGGUGGAUAAAUUUUAAACUGAGAGAAAAAAAAAAAAAAAGAAAUUCCAUUGCCUCUAUAUUGCUAAACCACACCCUCCAGCCUAGCCUUUAUCAGUAAUAAAACAGAUAAUUUGACCUCAAAAAAAAAAAAAUAGGACUUUUCAUCUGAAACUAUGUCCACACUCUUAAUCGUGCUGUGCCUUUGUCAGGUGCCAUGAAGUCUGCCAUGAGUUCAUCCACUGCAUGCUGUUUAAUCCUCCUGACAAUCCAGUGAGGUGGAUGGAUGGGAAAGCCUUUUGUAAGCUGUCUCAGUAUUGUAAUCACACUUGCCCCUAGUUGCAUAACUCAACGUCAGGGAGGUUUGAAAAGGUUAAGUAACUUGCCCACGUGAUAGGUGAUGGGCUAGAACAGAACUCAAGGCUUUUGGUUUCUGGCAACGUGCUGCUAAAAAUCUGUUGGCAAGAAUUCAUUCAAAGAGCGUUAGUAUCUUCAACUGGAACCUGGUUUAAUCCUACGGUCUCGUUUUGAUGUGUUUGCUUAUGACUUAACGAAGGGAACUUUAUGACCAGUGUGUGUAGGCUGCAGUGUGUAUGUGAAUCACCGAAAAAUUUUGCUCAGAGUGACUAUUCCUGUAUCUGACCCCCUGAUAUCCCAGCGUGGCAGGUCUGUGGUGGGACCUAGGAAUCCUCCGUUUUAUAAGGGCCCCAGACUCUUCUAAACUCUUAACUGAUUCCCUGCAGACUAAGUUCUCACUGACACCUUCUCACCCUACCUUAAUGUUGGCAUUCUCUUUAAUGGUGUGUAAAGGAAUACUGGAGGGACAAAUCCUGGCUUUCUUUGAGAAAUGGAACUCACUAGAAUGCCUUGCGGUUUAACAUGAUGCACCCACGUUGGGCGACGUGCUCACGCUAAUCCAAACACUCAUCCCCCACCCCUCAGAGGAUCACAGAGCACCCACGUCUGGAUGCAACGGAGGACCACCUGUGCCCUGAAAGAGAGCCGAGCCCUGAAGACACAACCUGGAUGGAUCUUCGCGCAGCUGGUUAACUCUCCACAUCAGUAACUAAUCCUGAAUUAAUUAGGCAGGAACGGGCAAGGCUUGGGGCAGAACAAUUGUGUACAGACGUGUGACAAAUGUCUGCGUGGGAAUGUAUGCGUGGGGGAAUAAUAAGAAAGUAUGCUUUGUCAGAAUAUUUGCUUCUUUUAAAAAUCAGUUUGUGCCUUUUAAUGAAUCAACUAGUAAGAAGGAAGCCCAAAAUACAGCAUUAACAGCGCAAAGAACAUGGGAGUCAAUGGUAUGGUUUUUGUGUUUGUUUCUUUGCUUUGUGUUUAUUUUGUCUUCAUUUGCGAGACAAGGUAAGGAUUAGGAAUGCUGGUGAGUGAUUGGCACAUACUCUAAAAGCUCUGGGAGAUUCUGUCUGUCAACCGGUUUUCCUCUCUUUCUACCUCCCAGCCAAUAUUCAGAAGAAACUCUUUUCAUGUGAACUGGAAAAGAUGAAUUUCAAGCUUCAUUGAGAGCUUGAAAACCUUAAAUCCUUCUUGAAAAUAACCUGCCUCUCAGGAAUCUUUGGUCCCCAAAAUUAGAAACCUUCUUUCUUGGGCUGUGGAAUGGCUGCAUUAUUAACUAUGAUUAUAG